CAGUGGCCAUUGCUGUGCUCUCCACAGACAUCAUAAGACGCCUCGAUCGAACACGAACCUUUCCAAAGAUUCUCCUUGAUCGGCAUCUAAACAACGAACCAGCGGCACCCAAUGAAGCAAAAGAUUGUGAUCAAGGUGAGCAUGUCAUGCGACAAGAGCCGGUCGAAAGCCAUGACGAUGGUCGCCAAAGCGAACGGGGUGAGCUCGGUGGGGAUAACCGGCGACAGCAAGGACAUGCUGGAGGUGGUCGGCAACGGCGUCGACCCGGUGUGCCUCGUCGGCUGCCUCCGCAAGAAGUACCACGACGUUCACCUCGUCAAGGUGGAGGAGGUGAAGGACGACAAGAAGAAGGAUGAGAAGGAGGACCCGCCGCCGUACUGGUACCACCACCCAUAUGGGCCAUACCCGCCUCACAUGGUCGUGUGCGACGAGCCCACCACCCCCUGCGCCAUCAUGUAAUUGCCAAAUAGCCAGAUGCCCAGUUCGCCAUUUGGAGAGGCCGCAAGUUUAUCCACCAUUUCGGGCUAUUGGCAAAUUGGAAGAAAUAAAGAAACGUAUACCCCAGAUCUGAA